GUCGAAUUCAACAAUUUCGAAUCAAACGUUUCAUUCGAUUCGAAGAACGUUUUAAUCAAAUAAGAUCACAUAUAAUUCUACAUCUAAUUCCAUUUCGAAACGUGCGAAAUAUCACUAGCGAUCUUACUUCAAACAUAUUGAUCAAUUAACCAUCGAGCAAAUCAUUGAUAGCUAGUUACUGCUACUGGGACUUGAAUCAAACACUUCAAGAGAAAUCGGAUCAACAGAUUACUACUCAACACUUCGCAGCGAACAAGUCAAACAAGAAGCAUGCCGACCGACUUGGAACCAGGGUGGCCCCAGCGGAAGCGAACCAAAUACGAUGACCGUAUUGAGAAUUCCGAGCAUAUGCCGAUGCCAGGUGUUACUUGGUUAUCAGACUAUUUGAAGAAGAUUGACAUGAAGAGGCAGACUGGUUACAACGAGGAAGAUCUUCCGCCGGAAUUCAAAGUCGAUCGAUCGUUCAUUAAGGUACCUCAUCAUCUAUUGGGGAAGGAUGGCUACCCUGUAGGCGAGGGUUGGCUCCAUCCAUCUUGUCAAGAAUAUUUACAAAAUGGGAAGGGGAAGGUCCAAGCUGAUCAGGAGGAGAUCAGUAAUUCCAAGCUCCAACCUACAACCUCAUUGUUAUCAUCCUCGCAAGUGGAGGUUGGUGGCAAACAAAAUACUUUUGCUGAAUUCAUAGCCUCGGUCAUCCCCACUUCACCACUAAAAGCCAUACACAAGGAUCAUUCGUCCGAGAACCACGUUGGAAAAAUAAUACUUCAACCUACGACCUCAUCAUCUUCGGCAAUGCAUCCAGGUGUUGAAACAAAAGCUGAACCCACUGAGCCACCUUUUCAAACAAUGAGCAAGCGUGUGGCGGCCACGCUUCCAUCUCUGUAUGAUCUGGACCAUGGAUUG